UGCUAGCUUCCGGCCAGCUUUCUUCCUCACUUGGUGUCGCGGAUCGUUCAGCAGUUUAUAUCAAUAGCUCGAAUUACGAGUUGUAAUAUCGGAGUAUUGAGAAAAGAAUUCGAGUUGUCUGUACGCAAAUUCAAUGGCGGCAACAAUAAGAGGUCUUAUGAGGCUUAACGUUAGCCUGGCCAGCAAUACUCUGUUGAGAAAUAAUCUAUUAAAUUCCUGCAGGUUCUUAUAUACAGAUCAGAGUUUGGGUAUACAGGGCUAUGAAAAUGCAAGAUUAAAUUUCCGUAAUCAAUUUUUAAAUGUGGAAAAUACAUUCCGUACCAAGAUGCAAGAAGUAUGUAAUACGGAAUCAAGUAUGAUCUUCACAGAAGAUUUAAAGUCCAUGUUACAUUUAGCUCAAAAGAAAUCAGAAGAUAUUGAGCUAAUUGUAAAAAUGUUAACAAAAUUUAACACUCAAAAUAAAGAGUUGAGAUUUGGUACUUUCAUCUUUGGUCCUGUUGUGAUGCGUACUUUCUAUUAUUUGGAUGAACCAGAUCUUGCACUCACUGCUUUUAAAGAUCCCAAUUUUGACAAUUUCUUUGAUCAAUUGAUCAGUUACCAAAUCCUUUUGUGUUUGUUGUACAAACAUGGAAAGUACUCAGAAAUGAAAGAAGUGUACGACAUAAUCAAGAACAAAAAUAUGGAAAAUGGCUUGUACCCCAGGAAUGCACUGAUAUUGGUUAUGGCUGCCUGUUAUAAGGAGAACACACCACAGACUCUGGAAUAUGCUUUGGAUAUUUGGAAGGACUUGAUUGGAAAAGGAUUCGUCUUUAUGCGUAGAGCUGCAACAUUCUUAACAGCUUUAGCCAUUAAUCAAAAUAUGCCUCAUAUAGCCAUUGAAAUUGUAACCUCAAUCAAAGAAUCUCGAUACAUCGAUAUUAGAUGUCUGAAAGUUUCUGCAUACACAGAACUAAAGAGAUUCACAGAGAUAGUACCCAUCUUUCGAACUUCCUUAGAGUAUGAUAGACCCAACAGCCAGAAAGAAUGUUAUUUCAAAGAUGUAAUUGAGAACCUGGAAAAUGCAAUGGUAAAGGAGAAUAUUGUAGAAGAUUUUGAAUUAUACAAAUUGAUUGCACUAUUGAAGAACAAUAAUCGUAUUUUGACUGAGACAUUGGAACGACAUAUCUGUGCGGAGAUAAGACAAGACGCACAAAGACGCAAACAGAGAGAUGAUCAACCGCAAUCCAAGUUUUUCCAACGACGACAGUUAUCGGUCGCUCAAAGCAACAGGCCGGUAUUGCGGGAUCUACUGUAAGGAUCUCGCACACAAGAGGGUUGUAGAUUGUAUUUUAUAUAUCUCAUGAUAGUUGAUGUAUAACUUGGGUCAAACUUCCAAGUCAAACUAAUAAAUACCAAAUAAAUAUAAAUUUACUGAC